AUGUAAGGACUAUAGGGGAAUAAAAAUUGGUCUGCUGAAGAAUAGGAAUCCUUUUAAUUAAUUAUAAAUUCAUUUGAUCUUAAUUAAGAUUAAACAUAAAUAUUAUAGUAGUAAAUACAAAACUUUAAAAAUGCAGAAAAAAUUAUUGAUUAUCUGCUUGAUUGUGAUUCAAAUUGGAACAAAUUUUAAGAGAAAAUUCAAAAGGAGAUUUAAAAUCAAAUAAGAAGUUAAUAGAUAGAACCCUAAUGGAAUGAGGAACAAUUGGGAUAAUUAGAAAAUAAAUUAUUGAAAUAAAUUAAAAGUAAGAAGGAAAUUAAACAACUUGUGUAAUAUAUUUAAUCAGCUAAUUUGGACAAAGAAGUUAUAAAUGAAGUUUUAGAUUGUGAAUUUGAGUCAUCUGAUGAUUUUUUACAAUUGAUUACUAUAUUUGAGUAAAGUAACACAAUGACUAAAAUACAUACUUAGAAGAGGCAAUAAGAAUUUGUAUAGGAUAGGAAUGAAAGAGAUAUAUGGUAAAAUGAAUAAAAUAUAUUGAAUUAAGUAAAUAAGGGGAAUAAUAAUGAAAAGGAAUUAGAGAAUUAGUAAAUGUAAGAUUUAUUUACAGAAUUUUACUCUUUAAACAGGAGAAGUAAUUAACAAAUAUAAAUUUUACUUUAAAAUUUAUACAAUUCUCUUAAGAAUCAAUAAUAAAAUAACAUUAAUGUAACUGAUUUUAAAGUAUCUGCAUAAUUAGAAUAUGAAGAUUUAUUACAUUUAUGUGUAAAAGUGAAAUAAUAAUUUAAAUAUUAUCCAAGACCAGUUCAGUUAUUAUCAGUAAUUGAAUUAUAUAAUCAUAAUACUAAUAAAGGACGUUUAGCUUAGAUUUAUACAGGAGAAGGUAAAACAUUAAUAGUUGCAAUGUUGGCAAUAUUAAUAUGUAAAAAGAAAAGAGUUAAUGUGGAUAUUGUAACAAGUUCUCCUGUAUUGGCAAUUAGAGAUGCUUAAGAAUUGGCAUAAUUUUAUUAAUUGUUUUAAGUAUCUGUAUCUCAUAAUAUAAAUGGGUAAUUGAAUUAAAAAUAGAAAAUGUAUCCUUGCUAUAAUAAUUAAGUAAUAUAUGGAGAUCCGCAUAGUUUUUAAGCAGAUAUAUUAAGACAUGAAUAUUCAGAACUAGGAACUAUGGGUAAUAGACAAUAAGGAUAUGUUAUUAUAGACGAAGUUGAUUCUAUGUUAAUUGAUGGUAAUAGUAAUAAAACAUUGUUAAGUUCACCUAUACCAGGAAUGCUUGAUUUAACUAAAGUUCUUAGAUUAAUAUGGGAUGAAAUUUGUAAAGUAGAACCAAAUCUAUUAACGAAUAAAAAAGUAUGGAUUAGAGAUAAAGAUAACAAUUUAACUGUUGAUUUAGAGGAAUAUAUUCUAAGUACUCUAGAUAUUUAGCUAAAAGAAACUUUAUUAAAUUAUAUUCCUAAGUUUCGUUUAAAUUAUAUCAAUUUCAUUAAGAAAAAAUGGAUUUAAAAUGCUAUUAAUGCAAAGUUUCAUCUUCAUGAAAAUAAACAUUAUAAAGUUGAUAAUAAUAAUAUAAGAAUAAUUGAUUAUUAAAAUACAGGAGUAGUACAUAAAGAUAAUAUGUAGUGGGAAAAAGGAUUACAUUAAUUUAUUUAAUUGAAACAUAAUCUACCUAUAACUCCAUUAAGAAUCAGUACUAACUAUAUAUCAAAUGUUAGUUUUUUUAAAAGAUAUAAUACUAAUCUUUUAGGUCUUACAGGUACAUUAGGAUCGUAAGUUACUUAGAAAUUAUUAAGCAAAUAGUACAAUGUAGAUUUUAUAUUUAUGCCUCCUUAUAAAAAGAGACUAUUAAAGGAAGAAACUGGAAUAGCAACAUUGAGUGAAUAAGAAUGGUUAGAUGAGAUUUUAAAAGCUGUUUAAUAAUAAAUGAAUAAAAGGAGAGCAGUUUUGAUAAUAAAUCAAACAAUAAAUGAUGUGAAUAGAAUUUAAUCUCAUUUAAUGAGAUAUAAUCUUAAUUCUAUUAAAUAUGUUGAUGAUAGUUAAAAUAUAAGUAAAGAGAUUGGACCAAGAACAAUUAUAAUAGCAACAAAUUUAGCUGGUAGAGGGACAGAUUUAAGUAUUAAUUAGGAAUUAGAGAGAAACGGUGGUCUACAUGUAAUAAUGUCUUUUUUACCUAGAAAUAUUAGAAUAUAAUUAUAAGGAUUUGGAAGAAGUGGAAGAUAAGGUAAAUAAGGUACAGCUUAAUUGAUUGUAAAUUUUCAAUAAAGUUUAUAUAUUGGGACAAUAAACGAUAUAAAAACAAUUUAAGAUGCAAUAAAUUAUUAUAAAAUUUUAACAAAUAAAUAGAAUUAUUAACUAUUAGAUGUUUUAAUAUAUUUUAGAGAUUUAAAUGAAGAAGAUUAUUCAAACGAAAUUGAGUAAGAGAUGGCGAAAUUAUUAAAUGAAGACAAAUGUUUUUAAAGAUUUUGUUAGAUAGCAAAGAGCAAAGUCAAAAUAUAAGAGAAUAGAGCAGGAUUUUAAGCAUUGGAAGAGAAAUGGGGUUUAUAUUUAGAAGAAUUCUAAGAUGUAGGAUUAAAUGUAAAUCAUAUAGAAUAAUAAUUGGAUUCAGAUGAAGGAUAGAAUCCAAGAUAUUUGAUAUUGUAAGGUUUAGAAUAAGAUGAUAUAAAACCAAUAAAAAAGGCAGCUGAAUUAUAGAUUAAUGACCCUUAAGCAUAAUAUUACAAAGGAUUAUAUGAAAUAAAAUAGAAAGAUUUUUAAAGUGGAAUAAAAUCAUUAAGAUAAGCAAGAUCUAUGAUAUUAAGCAAAAUGGAUGAUGAGAAAGGAUUUGCAACAGCAUCUAAAUUAAAUAGAGUUUAAGUUGAUUAAUUUUAGAAUAAUAAUAGAUCAAUGCCUAAUAUGUAGAUGUAAGAAAUAUAGGUUGAUGUAUAAAGUUAAAUAUUACCAUAAUUAGAUUUUACUGCAUCUACAGAAUUAGAGAAUAUAUCAGUAAUUUAGUUUGGAGAUUCAAGAGUAGUAUAAUAAGAUCAUUUUGACUUAGAGAUAGAUCAUUAAUUUAAAGGUAAAGACUAAAAAUUAGUAACUAAAUUUGAUAAUUUUGAUUUAAAAGUAGAUAAUUAACUUAAAGUUUAUGCUAAAGUGAUAAGUAAUAUUGAUGAUAUUAUAAAUACAUUAUAAAACUUUAAUUAAAAUGAUGAAGAACUUGAAUUAACAUGGUAAUCAGUAUUAGAAAAAGAUGAAAAUGGAAAUGUAGAAUCAGAAUAAACUGUUAAAGAUUAAGAAGAAGUAAUGUAGGAUGGACCAUUACCAAAACUUGGUAAAAUAACAAAAGUAAAGAAGGAAAGAAAAUGGUGGGAAUAUGGAGCAAUGUUUAUUAUAGGAUUAGGUUAAUUCAUUGUUGGAUGUGCAAUAUGUGCAUCUACAUGUGGAUUAGCAUUACCAAUUGGAAGAACUCUUAUUUAAGAAGGAUUUUCAGAUAUGAUAUAUUCAGUAACAGCAGCAUGGAAAGGAAUAGAUAUUAAUUGGGGAGAAUGGGGAAAAAAUAAAGUUAUAAAUGUAGCAACUUCAUUAGCUUUAGCAGGACCAGCUGGAAUUGAAGAAGCACUUAAACUUGGUGGUUCAGCAUGGAAAUCUCUAGAAAAAAUUGGAAUUAAAUAAUUUUUAAAAUAAAUUCCAGCUGUUACUGCAGAAGGACUUAAAAAAGCAGGUUUCUGGUUAACUGAUAUUGAAAAAAUUUAUAUCUAAGGUUAAUAUGAUACAAUGUAAUAAGUAUCAUAAGCAACCUAAUCUGCUACUAAUAAUAAUUAAAUACUUAACAUAGCAUAACAAAUCAUGUAAUAAUAAGUAGAUAAAGGAGUAAUAACUUCAGAAACUGCUACAGAUCUUUUUGGUAUUGUUGAUCAAUCCUUAUAAGAUUCCGUAGGAAAUCCUAAUACAUUUAAAAAUAUGUUCUGUUAAAUGGCAUAAAACUUUAUUCGAUUACAAAUGGCUAAAUCUAAAUCAGAAUAAGAUCCAUCUCAAUUUAAAGAUGAUUUAAUAUCUAUUUGUUCUAGAGAAGGAAAUAAAAAAUAUAAUAAUGUUUAAAAAGAUAUAGAAUAAUAUAAUCAAUAUAAAAAAGCACUUAAUAAUGAAUUAGACUUUUUCACCAAAAACAUUUUAAAUUGCUAUUAAACAGAUUAAGAAUUACAAAAAAUAUUAUUCAUUCUUGAUCUUUAUUAUGAAAAACUAUGUGAUCCUCUUAAAGUAUCAAAUGCUAUUCAAAAUUACAAAGUCUAAGAAAUUAUUACCUAAAACUUUAAUCCUUAGAGUAAAUUUGUCUAAUAGAAAUGUCAAAGUCUCUAAUUAACAAAUCCAUAAUCUGUGAAUUUAUUUUAUUAAACUGUUAUUAGGCCUCCAAUUUACAAAUUUUGCAUUGGAUUAAAAGAUAACAAUUAAUACACAGAACCCUUAGAAAUAUAAUUUUACUUAGAGUAUUAGAAUUAAUAUGAAGCCUAAUUCUAAUUAAUUAAAUAAAAUAAAUAAGACUUAGAUUAAAAAUAAGCUUAACUUAAAUAGUAAUAAGAAUAUAUUUAAUCCUUAGGCAACAAUUAAACUCAAAAUUAAGUCAAUCAAUAUAAUUAAGUAUUUAUUUUAUUUUAUUUUAUUAUUAGUUAGUUGAUGAUUUUAAUAACGAAUGUAAACUAUAUGAGUAAAAAACUAAACAAUUUAAACAAAUACAAGAAAUUAACAAUUAAUAAUUAAUCAAAGAAAUUGUAGCCUACAUGAAAAAUAAAAAAAUGAUCAAUAAUAAUGGCAUAACCUUCUCUUAAUCAUUCUUAUAAGAAUUUAAUAAAUACUUGAAUAACUAAAAUUAUAACCCUAUCAUUAAACAAAUUCUCUUAUAAGCUAUGCAAAAUAGCAUCAAUUAGAUUUCCAAUUUAAAAACUUAAUCAAAAUAAAUAUUAACAUCGAAAUUAUAAUUGGCAUUAGAAGUUGAAAUGAUUGAAGGAAUUAAAAAAUAAAUAUUUGAAUCAAGAAUGUUGGCUGCUGAUAAAAAUAUCAUUAAUAAAAUUGAUUGA